UAAAGAAAUUUUUUUACUUUGGCAUAAUGUGCAGUUCCUUUUUCAGUGUGAUGCAGUGUCAUUAAAACAUAUGCGACGGAUCCGUUUUACAAUUUUUGCAGUUGUUUAUAUACAUUAUUAACUGUGAAAACUCAGCAGGGAGCACUCUAACCUUUCAAUGGAGAAACACCGCAGGGUUUAACAUCUAGCACUCCUCCAGGCCAGUUUUGUUUAUGUUUUCUCUUCUACCCCAGCUUGAUUUUAAAUUGCAAUAUGCAGUGUUUGUUUACUGUGUUACUUCUUGCUGUGGCGUUGGAAUAUACCUUUGGUUCGGAUAAUGUUGGAGUGCAGAACGAUUUUAUCAAAGACUUGAACAAUCGCAACACUGCUAAGGUUGAGGUGGUCGGAAACGAAGGCUUUUUGUCAGCCGGGAGGAAUGGCAACCAGCAGAAAGCCGGGGCUCUAAAGCAAACUCUGCUGCCUAAUCCAGGCAUUGUCAGGGAGACAAUGCAACCCAACCAAGCUAACCAGCUGAACCUCAAUGCUGCAAGACAGGCUAACCGGGCUAAUCCAAACCAGGUUAAUCUGAACCAGGCUUUUCAAGGGGAAGAUAAUCAGCGUAAGCCCAUCGCUGUUGUUGACACAGAAAAAAAUAUUGUUCAGAAAACAAAAGAGGGUGAGUCGCUGAAAGAUGUUCGACAAUCCAAUAGACAAGAUGUAGAAUCACAAUCCUAUUUUAAGAGAUCGGAUCAGGUACAAGUUGAAGACAGAACCAAAGAGAAAAGACAACUAGAGGACAGCCAAAACAUUCCAGUUGUUAGCAAUCAAGCUGGAAACACUCCGAAUAUUCCAGCUAACGAAUAUCAUGCUGUCCAGAACAACCAAGUUGAGCAGAAGCUACCUGAAACCACUGCCAGCCGAGUUACACAUGUUAUUAAAAAUUAUAACGCUAUUUUGGGGAUAAACAAUAACAAUAACGACCAAAAUAAUGGUAACUACCAGAAUAAUAAUAAUGAUAAUAAUGGGAACAUACAAAACGUGGCCAACACUAAUCAGAAUUCAGACAUUAACCAAAAUGCAGGGAACAACCAAAACUACGCCAACAAUAACAACAACCAGAACUUCAUCAACAACAACAUCAACAACCAAAAUGGUGACGUCUAUGACAGGAACCGGGGGAACCAGUGGAACAAAGAGUCGCAGCAGACACAAAUUGGGGGCAUCAACCUCAGCUGGGAUUGGGAGGAUUUCUCCAUCAUGUUUAACAACUACGGGGCGGCCGAGAUGAAGGUGCGCAGGUCCCCCCACCCUUCCACGGGCGAGCCCUGGCCCAUGCCACAGUACUACUCCAAGAAAGACAACAAGGUCUACAGGCUGAGUAAGGAUUUCCGCUUUGUUCCCAUUGGACCCAUCACCUGUGAUGUUCUUGACGAGGCCCUGGUCCGACACUUGCAGCGCACACUGAGGGGCUCUGUUGAAGACAUGUAUGACAAUUUACAACAUGCAGAGGGUAUAAAUAUUGAAGACCCAGCCCUGCGGUAUGAAAAAGAAGAAUUUGUGAAAGCUCCGGUUAUUGCCAGAGUGGAAGUGAGAAUUCGUAAGACCUGCGACAAGUACCCCACCCUAGAGUCUGAUGAGUCAUAUGAUUUGGUUGUUAAAAAGAAGAAAACCUACAUCUGGGCCAAUGAAAUCUGGGGUGUUUUAAGAGGCUUGGAAACAUUUGGUCACCUGGUGUGGAGAGGAUUAGAUGGACAGCUGUAUAUCAAGGAAACAACCAUCAGUGACUAUCCAAGGUUCCCACACCGUGGCCUACACAUUGACACAUCCAGGCAUUAUCUGUUUAAAGAAGUUCUCCUGGACAUUCUGGACAGUAUGGAGAUGAACAAACUGAAUGUUUUCCACUGGCACAUAGUAGAUGACCAGUCGUUCCCCUAUGAGAGCAAAGUGUACCCAGAGCUGAGUCGAAAAGGUGCCUUCCACCCCACCUACGUCUACUCACUAGAGGACAUAGCAGAGAUCAUUGAGUACGCCAGGAUGCGGGGUAUUCGUGUCAUGCCAGAGUUUGAUACACCAGGUCACACAUACUCGUGGGGUCUCAGCCGACCUGAACUACUGACACAGUGCUACUCUGGCAGCAGUCCUGUCAAAGGUUACCUUGGCCCCAUUGACCCUAGCAAGAACGCAACCUACAGAUUUCUUCAAAGUUUGUUUCAAGAGAUUGUAGAUGUUUUCAAAGAUCAAUACAUACAUUUGGGUGGGGAUGAGGUACCUUUGGGUUGCUGGCAGUCAAAUCCUGAAGUGAUGGCGUUUGCACAAGAAUUAGCAAAGCAGCCGCGACCGCUUCAGACAUUGCAACAACAACAACAAAAUAUGGGCUGGAGUAUGUGGUCAGAAGAUGUGAAGAGAGUUUACGAAUAUUAUGAGAACAGACUGAUUCAAAUACUGAAUGACAUUGGUCAGAAAAGAAAGAAGGGCAUUAAAUACAUCAUGUGGCAAGAAGUGAUGAACAAUAAUUUACAGCUGCCCAAUGACACCAUUAUCCAAGUGUGGAUGGGAGAUAUGGGGGAUGUGAUGAGGGCCACGACUCUUGGCUACCAGGUACUCUACUCCACCUGCUGGUACAUGGACCACAUUGAAUAUGGCACAAAGUGGCCCAAAUAUUACAACUGUGAUCCAGUUGAUUCUAGCUAUGGCUACCAUAUUGAUGAGAAAAAAGUUUUAGGUGGAGAAGCAGCUUUUUGGUCUGAAUACUUCACCAAUGAGAACCUCAUUCCAAUGAUGUGGCCUAGAGCAUCAGCUGCAGCAGAAAGACUUUGGAGCAAUAAGGAAGUGAAGAAUUUAGACAAAGCAGCUGAGAGAUUAGCUGAACAUAGGUGCCGCAUGAUUAAACGAGGUAUCAGUGCAGGUGAAAUCAGUGGCCCUGGUUAUUGUUUACACUCCCCACCAAAAAGAAGAUUAUACAACGAUACAGUGGGCUGCCAGGGAGGCAACUGCAGCAGGACACACAACUUUGUCCACAUUGAGGACAUCCAGCUGCAUGUCAGUCAGCGAGGGGGUCCUGAGUGUGCUAGUAUUUUCACCAAAGGAGGAAUCAAUACCUUAGUCAUCGGUGUUUUAAUUUUGGCAUUAAUUAUAGCCGCGUUCGCCCUGACACGCAACUCUUCCCGGCUUCACCGGUCCAGAAUUUGUAAGAACCGGUCCAUCCUUGUGGUGUUUGUUGUGGUGCUGUUGGUCUACUUCCUGUGUUACACCACCAUUUGGAUGAGAGGCUUUGAGUUCUCCGGGACAUUUCACAAAACAUUACAGGAGGACGACAGCACCAACGAGCAGCACGGCGCCGAGAUGAGUGAACACAAACACGGGAUGGAGAGGUCCUAGCGAGAGUGUCUGCAGCGGAGUUGGUCUCAUGUUGAGACUGAUGCCUAAAUGUGCUUGGCGACUUUUGUUUUGUGCUUAUUACAAUGCCAGCAGGACAAUAUCGUAUCUGGUUUUAUAAUUUGCUGGUGGUGCUUUAGGGUCAGGGUUAGUGGUAGGGUCAGGGAUAUUAUUUGGGAUAGUGUUUAGGGUAGCGGUAAAAAACAGACAAAAAAUGGCCUUGAUUGACUUGCUGACAUUUUAAUAAGUAUCUUUUUUUUUUUCUUUUUUUUUUUUUAAAUGAUGCUACAGUUUUGGUCCUGGGAUGACUGCACUCGACUUUUUUUUUUUUUGCAUUGAUUUGCAUUUAUUGAUCACUUGUCUUAAUACCAUGUGACAUAAUGUUGCAUAGGUUUUUUUUUUUUUAAAUUCCAAGUUUUUUAUAUUCCAAUGUUUCUUAUAUUAGCUUAGAAGUUCUAAGCUAGGGAGAUAUUAUAUAAAGAUUUUUAUCACUGCGUUUUGUCAUGAACUAACACAUUUUGAAUUGUACAAAUUUUAAUUUGAUAGUUUCCUUACUCUGGUGGUUAGACAUACUUCUGUUUUAAAUUGGUAAACUUAAGUAUCUAGGAUUUAAAUUGUUUCCCUAACUUCCUUUUCAAAUGAGUAAGCUUUUGAAUUCAAAUUGUAUCCUAAACUUAGUAAACUUUAGAAUCUAAAUGGUUUUCCAAACUUUCUUUUAAAAUUAGUAAACUUUAGAAUCUAACUUGUAUCCUAAACAGCCACUUGGUAAACUUUUUAAAUUAAAUGCUUUACCAAAUUGAACUUUACCAAAUUGAACUUUACCAAAUUGAACUUUACCAAAUUGAACUUUACCCUCUAAUGUGUGUUUUGUAGAUAUUUUCUAGUCUUAGCAGACGUAGAGUUUGAGCACCCCCCACCCCCACCCCUUUGCUCACUCCCUUGUUACGCCAUGCAUCUAAGUGCUGGUGUUAGCCUAUGUAUAAAGAGAUUAAGAGCAAAGCUUUGCAGGUUGAAAUUACAUCUGGGGGGCUGUUCUUAGGAAUGAUUAUUUAUUAUACAAUUGUAGACGUUAACAAAUUUGGUCUUUUGAAAUAUUUUUCCUCAGACAAGUUUGGGAAACAGACAUGUUUUUGGAAAAGAAUCUUUUGUUAAACUUAGCCCAAGUGUUUUGAUUAUUUAGCACACGUCGUUUGGCAGAUGUGCCCUUUGCUGCCCUGUUUCUAACAGUUAGUGAUAGUUUAUGUUGCCACAUUGUCAUGACAUUACAGUUGAGACAGAGAUAUAGUACCCUGUGUUGAUUUGGCCAGAAUGUUAAUUUUACCCAUUAAAUCUUGCAUGUUGAUUGAGAAUACUUUUAACAUAACUUUUAAAAAUACACUUUCUAGAAAUUUACAAUGUUUUUUUUUUACACAAUGAGCUCCGCUUUCCCCCCCUCCCCCCACUUUUCUUUCUACAUGUGAUGUUUAUGAUUUAUUUAAUUUAAGCAAAUCUUUUACUUACUGUAACAUAAAACUGAUUGGUGAGUGUGUUGGAUUUUUAUGAAUCUAAAACACUUAGUGUCUUGAUGUAAUUUAAUAUACGAAUGUAUGGCGUGCAAUCUGGGCAAGAGUGAGAUAUGAGUGUGUAUGCGAUACGUGUGUUGUAAAUAUUUAAUGAUCGUGUUAUUAUUUUGUUUAUCUUCUUCAUAUAAAGCAUAAUUGAAUGGAUAAUUUAUCAUUAGUAAUGCUCACUUUCCUUAGGUUUGUUUGGCAAAGUUGGGGGGCGAUGCGCUGGGUGUCAUUUGUAGAUGACAGUUCAGUAUGUAUGUCAUUGGUGAUGAUCAUGGACUGACGACAGGUUAAUGACAUGUACACAUGUCAUUUGUUGCUGGUUUUGAUUGAGAAGUUGGUUGUCAUCUGGUCUGGCUAUUGCUGGUUAUUGUAUCUGAAUGAAUUUAGUAGACUCUGGUUCUGUUAGGAUUGUGGGAAUGAAUAGAGAGCUUUUUGGACCAGUGGCCGGCUAUUUAAACUGCUAUAGGCUUUGAGAGACUAGUUGAAAUGCAUUAGGCCUGCAGCAGUCUGUUUAGACUGCUAGAGACUAUUAGCAGUCUAUUUGGAUUGUUAGAGACUAUUAGCAGUCUGUUUAAACUGUUAGAGACUAUUAGCAGUCUAUUUGGACUGCUAGAGACUAUUAGCAGUCUACUUGGACUGCUAGAGAUUUAUAGCAGUCUAUUUGCAUUGUUAACGACUUGUAGCAGUCUGUUUAGAUUGCUAGAGACUAUUAGCAGUCUGUUUGGACUGCCAGAGAAUAAUAGUCUAUUUGCACUGGUAGAAAAUAUUAGCAGCCCAAAUAGAAUGUUCUAGAGUUUAUUAGCAGUCUGUUUGGACUACUAGAGACUAUCAGCAGUCUAUUUGAAGCACCAGAAAGUCAUGACAGUUUUUAUUAGGGACAGGUUUAUGUUACAAAUGACUGGCUAUUCAUAGUCCUACUGUCUAGCCAGAGUCCAUGUGUCAUCACCUCAUUUCAUGAACUUGGUGUGACUUAAAUGUAUUAAGAUACAAAGAGCUGAUUGGCUACUCACAAAAAACAAAAUGAGUCUGUUGAUGGUAAAAAGCAAUAAUUUAGAUUAUGCUGUCGAUUCUGCAAUAGAGUAAAGGAAUUUUGGAUCCAUGUCUUUGUCAAGCAGAAUGCAAUAAAUUAUAUUUCUUUC